GUGACACACUGCUGUGCUGGAGCAGCUGCAUAUUUAAGACCUGCCGCAAUAAAGCUGCAGCCACUUUAAAUCAAACCAGUACAGCAUCCUGUGGUUGUUUGUCUUUGAAGAGAAUUAGAUAAGAUCGAGGGACCAGGUCGUUUCGAAAUGGCAGAAGAGAAAGCAAAGCAAUAUGUUGAAAACAGUGCACAAGAUGAUGCUACUGUUCUUUCCAUGGUUGAUCUGGUUCACCGUGUUGGGAUCAGCAUGCAAGAAUCCGUUGAAUACUACUCUAAAUGGGCAGAGAAUGGAAAAUAUGAUCAGGACAUAUGUCCGAAACGUUACCAGGGACCUAUCAUUGCUGCAAGUGUUCUUACAGAGCAUUUUUGUGACAAAAUCCCCGACAUGAAAAUACUAGACGUUGCUGCGGGAACAGGACUUGUAGGGAAGGAGCUUCAGGCUCGAGGUUUCAAGCAUUUGGAUGCCCUAGAACCAGCUACAGGGAUGCUGGAACAAGCCAGAAAGAAGAAAAUCUACACCAACCUGUACUGUGAGUUCCUGGACGGCAAACGACUCCCCAUAGAGGACGACACAUACAAUUGCUGUGUAACAUCGGGGGGUAUGGGAGAAGGACAAAUUCCUUGCCACGGGCUACACGAACUAAUCAGAAUAACUAAACCAGGGGGCCUAAUCUGCAUCGUGAUGAGGGAGGAAUAUCUGACCCAUGUCAAGGACUACCACGAAAGACUUGAACCACUGAUGAAGAAACUAGAGGAGGAUGGGAAAUUGAAGCAACUGUCCCGUGAAAUUGUGUCUCGGUACUCCUUUGACAAGAACGGAUUGGUCUAUAAAUUACAAAUUUGUUAAUGAAAUGCAAACAAUCCCUCAAUCCUUUGACGUCAUCGUGACCUUGAAAAUCGUUUUCCCCCUAACCUGGAGCGAUAUCUCAUAUGCUGUUUUUGUUUUUGAUGUCCUCUUGUGAUUUGGAAUAUCAAUUUACAGUGAACAAAAAGGUAGGGUGUAUCCAGUGUGUAGUUACUAACUGCUAUCUUAGCAUUUCAUAAAUGUUA